AUGAGACUCUCUAGAUUAGGCUUCUUCUGGAGUUCAUACCUCUCUCUCUACAUCCAGUACACAACUGCAACCGUCAUUACCGCGAACAGUACACUCUCCGAUGGCACCUCCAGCCCUGUCCAACUUCCCGGCCUCCAGCCGUCGCCUAGUCCUCACACAUCGCCGGGACCUAGCAUAGCCAGGCCUUUGAUCAACACGACCGAGUCCGUCCUGACUAGUCUUACUCUCACUCGGAGCCUUCCAACUCCCGGGGUUCAUCCAACCAGCCCCAGCACCAACGUCAAUGGCGUUACCACCCCCAUCCUCGGUACAAGCCCAGACUCGAGCACCGUUCUCGUCUCCAUCUCCACUAGCAUCCCUUCACCUAUCGAUGAAUCGCCGCUUCCAAAUACAAGUAGUACAAUAGAUGACUCGCCGGCUACGACAACAAGCGCUGCCGAUGGGACCACUCCUAACACGUCAACUACGUCCACUUGGUCUACUGCCUCUACUAUAUCGGCCACCCCUACCACGCCUACCACUUCGAGUACAUCUCGAACCUCUUCUUCCCUGGUACUGCUGGGAACAACCGCAACAACUACUCCCGGCGGCUCCCAAAUCUUUCCCACCGGCAGUCCAUCACCCACUUCAUCGCCCGCCACCUCGUCCACUACCAUCAACGGUGUCUUACCAGGCGAUGACCAGUCAAGUCAUACCACCGCAGAGCCUAGUACCGACCACGGACCACGUCCUCUGCCAACGUCCUCCAGCCCUGGUGCGACGACUACCGACACAGAAGACGAUCUCUCGCCUCUGCAAACAUCCAAUGGCCCUUCGACGACUCCUGAAACUACUGAAGGUUUAUCUCCUCUACAAACCUCUAUCUAUCCUCUAACAGCACCUGAGAUUACCGCCAGCCUUUCAUCCAUAUCGUCCGAGUUUGUCGACAUAGUCCCGAUAAUUCGUGCUUGGGAAACCGAUCCGACUCCUCCACUCCAAACAGAUGCCAUCCGCCGAAUCAAGGGUAUCAAAGAUGAUAUCAGGGACUUUGCGUUGGAUAUUGGAGGCGAUAUCUCGUCUGCCGGGUGUCGCUCGAGGAAAAGGGGACUCUUCGACAAUAUGUUCGACAUUACGAGUUCGGGCAUUGAUGCCGUUUUCAAUCGGCUACACUGCAUCACGGACAACAUGGACAGACUGACCGGCGAAAUCGGGCUGGGAAACACGAAAGGUGUGAAGGGGAUUGUCAGUAACCUGGUGUCGCCCAACAAUGAUCCGCCUGACGACAACAAUCCCACCAGCACCUCAACUUCGACCUCCUCAACAACCUCGACAUCGACUGACGUUUCAUCCUCCCUGUCGUCAUUAGAGAACUCAUCUGCGUUAUGGUCGUCGUCCUCAUCGUCAGUCUCAUCCUCCUCUUCGCCAUCGUCCUCGUGUACCGUCCAUCAAGUCACAAUACACUGUGAACCAACCACUGUCACCUCUGGGGAUUCGACGGUUACAACCACGACGUGUUCGCCUUCCACCACGAUUACCACCACUGGAUGUUGA